AUGACCGAAUCAUCCGAAAGUGAAUUUUCAAAACAUCAAUACGACAACGACACGGAAGAUCAAAGUGUUAAAAAUGGUUAUAAUAAUGAUGGAAAUCCGGAAAGAAGUAAAACAUCCGUUUUCAGUUCGGAUGAAGAUACGACAUCAUCCACCAUUCUUCCAAUGCCUGAAACUUUACGUCAAAUGAGAGGAGAUUUGAAAAAAAAAAUAAAAGAUGGAAGAGAAUCUGUGGAAGUGGAAUCAUCCGUUUACUCUUCUCGGGGCCCCAACGAACCAUUCACGUGCACUUUCGAAGAAUUUAGAAAAAAAUAUUUAUUAAAAGAUGAAAGUUCCGUUACAAUGAAAAUGAAUUCAGCUAACCUUAUUUUAGAUGAUAUAUUAAAUACUAGGGAUAAUGUUAACGUAGUUUGUAAUGAAGAUUAUUAUAGGAAUCAGGAUUUUAAUAUAAAUAAAAUACAGGAAACGGAUUUACGUAGUUUAGAUUCACCUUCGACUGUGAUACAUUGUAAUCAUGGUGCUCCCACUUCGGUUUUUACACCCUACGAUUUACCCUUUACAUAUAAGGCACAUUGUCAAACGAAAAUGGAUAAAACAUCAUCAUAUCAACAACCCGUUUGCGAUUGUUACACGAUAGAGAAUACCAACGAAAAUCAUGAAAAACAAAAAAAAGUUUCGCUUUUGGAAAAAUUACAAAAUUUUCACCGGAAAUACAACAUUCAUUCCGUAUAUAAAAUAGUACAAAAAAAUUCACCUGAUAAAAUUCAAAAAGAAUUUUUUAAUUCAAAUUUUUUCUCAUCAUUUCCAAUUUAUUUAGGUGAGGACAAAACAAUCAUAACAAAAGAAUAUGGAAAAAAUAAAACGGAUAACGCACUUCCUGAAUCUUAUAAUCCAUAUCCAAAAAGAAUGAUAUUAGAUUUGGUACAAUCUGCAGAAAGUUCACAGUGCGGUGAUAAAAAUUGUUGCGAUGAUAAUAAUAAAACAACACAAGUUAUCAGGUGUACUUGUUCUGGAGAAACGGAAACGGUUCGUUAUCCACAAAGAAACGAAUGCAAUUGUGAUUAUUGUAAAAAACACAACAGCAACAACAGCGUCGUCAUUUUAAAAAGGUAUAAAAUGAAAAUUGAAAGUCAUCACAGUCACAUUGAAGAACAUAAAAAGGAUAGAAUUGCUCAAAUGGUUAAUAAUAAUAAUAAUAAUAACAACAACAACGAUAUCAUCAUUGAUAAUGAUAAAAAUUAUAAGAAAAAAUUAAAAGAAGAAUUAUUAAAAGAGCUCCAGGUUCGAUAUACGGAAUGUUUAGUUGAAAAAACAGACGAAGUGGCGACAAAAUUUUGGGGAGAAGUUUUUGGCGCUUUCGAAGUCGGAGUAGCAUUUUUCAUAUCAUUUUUUCUACAGUUAUACAGGUUUCUUUUUACUAGUAUAAUAAGGUCACUCACAGUUGGACUCCUUCAGAUAUUUUCUGAUUAUUUUUUUAAACCUUUUUUAACGAUAAUAUUUAAUGGUAUAAUACAACCUUUUUUAAUUUUAGGAUACAAUAUAGCAACUUCAUUUAGGGAUCUUUGCUUACCAAUAUCACAAACAUUUGGAUUUUUUGCAAAAGAAAUAGCUAAUUUAUGUAGGUCUUGUAGGUUAGUCGAUGUUAAUAAAUAUAGUACACCGCCAUCUUGUCAUUGUGGAAGUAAAGUGUAA